UCCCCCGGGGCGGCAGGAGGGAACGGGUCGCCGGGCGCGCGCGGGCCUCUCCUCGGGCGAGGGGCCCACGGGGCAGCGGGUGCGCGGACCUCCCCUCGCGCGGGCGGGGGGUUCACGGGGCGUGCGGUGGAGCGCGAGGGUCGAUGCCCGCCCCCCCCCCCAGCCCCUGCCGUGUGCACCCCCGCGCCAGCCAGUGGAGGGCCGGUGCGGUGGGAGGCCCUCGCGGCCGGGGUGACCCCAGGGCCAGGAGGUGUCCCCGCGCCUCGGUGGAUGCCCAGUGAGCUGCGGGACAGGGCGCCCCACAACUUGGUAGGGAGGCCCCAGUCGAGUCCUGCUCAAACCCGCGGAGGAACGCCUGUUGGAAUGUUCGCACGUGGUGGCACAGAGAAUAGAUUUCUGGUCGUUUCCCCGGUGGUCCCAAGGGGACCCUGUAGACCCCGUGAGUGAGUGGGUUGGGGUUCAAAUCUCACGGUCUCCAGAAACGGGUACCGUUAUUAUCUCCGUGGGCAAUGAGGGAACUCAGGCUCAGAGACGUUUUCUUGCCCAAGGGCACCCCUCCGGUCUCGGUUACCUGAGUGGAAACGUAGGAAGCCUGACUUCAGACGCUCGUAUGAAACCGUCGGGGAGCAGACUUGGGAGUCAUUACUGUAAAAUUGGUGUUCUUAAUGCUGUGCCGGUGACCGUGAGGGUGUUGUCAUCACCGGGCGCUCAGUCAACUUUGCUAACGUUCACUCUGAACUUCGUGUCUGCCUUCCGCACGGUGCCCGGCAGAUGCCGGCAGUGGGUGGGCCAUCCAGGGCUGAAACCUGGUUCUGAUCCGGAGGAGCUCACAGUCCGGGGAGGCAGAAAGGGGCCAGGGUCACAGCUGUGCAUUUGUCAAGCGCCCAAGUCGGUAGAGACGGCCACCAGCCCUGGGAUCAGGAAGGUUGCCCACGUCACGCUAAGGGUGAGAAGAGGCUGAUUCUGUGAAGGAACGGCUAGAAAGGACACAGGCGUCCCCAGAGGGUGGCAUGACAGUAGCCAGGGGACUGGGACAUAUCUAAGAGGCGCCAGGGCCAAAUGUAAUUUCCACUGGUUGUGGGGAAGAAGGCGUUGGCGGUAACAACAUCGACAGCACUUUUAAGUGGUGCUGGCUGAAUGUAAUUGAACAGGGGGUCUCACCCGAGGCCCUUGGCGGUGAAGACAAGGUGAGACACAGGCACCACCUGGGCCUUGACAGCAGGGUUUGAACCGCACAGGUCCCCUUAUGUGCCUGUGGUUCCCCUGAGUACAGCACAGUGUUGUCAAUGUAUUUUCCUUUGGUUUUCUUAACAUUUUCUUUUCUCUAGCUGGCUUAAUUGUAAAAAUACAGUGCAUAGUACAUAUAACAUGCAAAUAUGCAUUAGUCGAGUGCCAUCGGUAAGGCUCCUGUCAACUGUAGUGUGUUACUAAGGUCUUUGGGAGUCAGCAGUUACGCUCAGAUUUUCAACAGCCUGGGGAGAGGGGCGGGUGCCCCUGACCUUGCAUUGUGCAGGGGUUCGCGGUAGUCGCCAGAAUGGAAAGUGGGGUCGAGAGAGGAUUUUUGUUGGUGUUUUCGUUUUGAAACUGAGACAGACUUAAGCUUGCUUGCUACAUCGAGGGAAGGGUCCGCAGAGAGGAAGGGGUGAGGGACUGGGGCGGAGAGCAGGAUUUCUGAGGCAGGCGGUAGGUUGUGAGGGAGAAAGGCAUGGGUUUGUGGAGGUGAAGGUCUCUGACAGAAGGCACAGCAGUCUAGCAAACAGGAUGCGGGCCAGUGGAGGAGAAAUGUGAGGAGGGCCCUGCAGGUUUGCAGACUUGCAGGGGCCAAGGAGCUGCCUAGCUCACCAGAGCUGUGGCUGUGCUAGUCCCCAGCCUAGGGCGGGAGGUGUGAGGGUCCCCAGCCUGGGGGGAGGGCCGCAGGGGAGGGCCCCAUCCUGGGGGGAGGGCCACUGGGGUCCCCAGCCUGGGAGGAGACUGUGGGCCCCCAGCCUGGGGCAGGAGGCGUGAGGGUCCCCCGCCUGGGAGGAGGCCAUUGGGAUCCCCAGUCUGGGAGGAGGGCUGUGGAGGUCCUCAAGCUUGCAGGGAGGCCUCAGGGGUCCCCAGCGUAUUUGGGGUCUGGUCUGCGUGCUGGAAGAGGGUUUUACAAAAGAGGCAACAUGUUCUACUUCUAGAUUUUUUCCAUUUUUUUUCCCCCAUAAAUCAAAACAUCUCAAAAUGGAGGCCUAACACCCUUAAAAGGGACUUAGUCUGAUUUCCGGGAGGUAGUUUUGUGCAUGAAGAAACAAAUUAAGUGUGAUCUGGAGUUUUUAUUAUCCCAAAGGAUGUUAAUUUUAAACAACACAGUCUAGUGGCAUGAGGUGUAACUAUAAAGUCAUGAUGAUCUCGUCUUUGAAUUUGACUGGUGGAUAUAAAGGGAAGUGAUUGUAGCCAGAACAGAACAGAAAGAAGGAACUUGUGUUUGGUACAGAUCUGAAAAUGAGCGACAGUUAUCUAGAACAAUAUUCACCCCUCUACUAAGUUAGAGAAGCACGCAGGUGAGGCCUCUGACAGGUCAAGAGACUUCCAUGGUGACAAAGAAAUGUCCAGAACAAGACUUUGCGGUGCCCCAAGUGUCGAGUAUGGCACACGAGCAUGGACGAUUGGUAAAGGAAUGAUCUGAGCACUUAUCUGAAUGUGCACGUGUUAAAAGUCUCAAGCUCAGCUUGUUUGAAUGGGCUGUUAUCUCUGAGAAGGAUGACGGUGAGAAUGAUGGCUGGAUGGUCCAUUUUGGGAAAAGAACAGACUUAUGCAGACACAGUGACUAGCCCCGGAAGGGUUUCUGCAGUAAUGUGUAAAAUUUUUGUCCACUGCUGACGUUAGAUACAAUAACUGAUCCCUGGAACGGAGCUGCGUUUCUCAUAUCACCUGGAAGUAAAGAGCCAAAGUCGCAGCGGAAACCCCAACACCUGUGGGACCCAGGAAACUAUGCGUAGAAAUCACUGCUAGAGAAGCCACGAAGACCCGUUUGCAGAUUGUUGUUCAUGUUACUGACGCAGAAACUUUUUCCUGAUAGCUGGUCGUAACUGAGAAACUCUGAACUUUCAGAAGGUCUCUGCUUGGCAAAAGGAGGGGAUUGUGACAACGUAAAUUUAUUAUUUUCUUGUUGCGAUGAAUUCUGGCUCAAGGUAUGCUGUCUUUGGGAUUUCUGACCAAAGCCACAUUUGUACGCUUCGAUUAUUCAUCUUAGUGUACAAACUCAGCCCUCUGACUUUUGACUGUUUUAAGAAACACAUCCAUCGUCAGAAUAGAUUUGGUAGUGUCUUUCAACCGCGUGAAGCUGAGCCUAAAAAGACCAGUUGAACAAACACAUUCUUCUCUGAGGAUUUAUUUGAAAUACAGUAUUCAGUUUGCUAAGUUCUCCUGGAAUCACUAGGACUAAGUAACCAAGCUGCUGACUAUGGGAAGUAAUUGUCGUUCAGGUAAUUUUGAAACAGGACUUAAGAUGCAUCAGCCAAUUCUGUUCCCACUUCAGCUCUUCAUUUGUCGGAAAAUUCUAGAUCGUUUUGUUUUUCCUAUUACAAAUAUUCUAGGAAGAAAAAUUACUUAAUUUGAGCACACUUUGGGAUAGAUUGUAUUCCAUCGCAUCUAAGAUGUCACUAAUUGGAAAACACACCAUUAUUUUAUAUAGUUCCAAGAAAUAAAAGCCCUGCUAAUUAAAAUACGGUAUUUGUUAGCUGAAAGAUACCUCUUGGUAACAGAGGUGUUAAAAAGAUACAUCCUACCAUCAGUGAAAUGACCCCCAUGUACUCGUUUCUUCUGUUCAGGCAGGUCUUAUGCUUUUCUUUUCUUCUGGCUACCAAAUUUCCUAAUUAAAAAAAAGCAAAAUAAACAUAGUUUGGAUUUUUUUUUCUGUGGAGCACGUACAGGGCAUAGGUUUCCUCCCCGAAAACAGGCUGGCGGUGUGAGCCCCACGCCUGGUCUCCAGGCCAGCCGGGCACCGUGAAGCCCCCCCGCCGAGGCGCUGUCCUGCCUGCAGGGGUGCCCGACGCCGAGCGGCAUCUUGGUGACCUGAAGCGCUCCCCACUGGUACGCAGGGUUUUGAUUUCCACGACGAGGUGCCGUGCGCCAUCGUGCUCGCGCUGUGUGUGUAAAGAUUAUGGAAAAGUGCAGUCGCACACACUCUCCCCCUACCGCGUGUCAGCGUCGAGCUUAGAAUCUCACCGUGCGGAAGCCCUGAAUACACAGAGGGAAAGAAGGACAAGAGACUUCCUGUUCUGGGUGUCCGCCUGGUGAUAAAGGUAACCACUGUCCAGAGCCAUGCACAAAGCUACCUCCCCAGAGAAAGGCUGGUCCCUUUGCCACCCCGUCCGUUUCGUGAUGAACAUCGGAGCAAACAGCACAUUGUCAUCAAAGCUGCUGAAAGGCGGCACCGUGUCGGGGCUGAAAUACGACCACUCGUGUGAGCUGUACCGAAUGUCCACGUUCUCGGCCUUCCCCGCCGGCGCCCCUGUCUCGGAGCGGAGCCUGGCCCGGGCCGGGUUCUGCUACACGGGCCGGAAGGACAGGGUCCGGUGCUUCUGCUGCGGCCUAACGCUGGACAACUGGAAGCAGGGGGACAGUCCCCUGGAGAAGCAUCGGAGGCUGUACCCCAGCUGCAGCUUCAUCCAGAGUCUAAAUCCGGUGAGCGCUUCGGGCGCCCCCUCUCAGCCCGCCUGUCCUUCCUCAGGGACGAGCUCCAGGCUCUUGCCGCCUCCCAGCGUGGAAAACGGGGGCUGCGCCGCCUUCCCGCAGAACCCUGUGACCUUCAGAGCAAACCAGGGUCUCUGUCCCCGGAGGACGAGUCCCCACCGCCGUGCGAUGGAGGCCGAGGAAGCCAGACUGCACUCUUUCCAGGGCUGGCCCUUGACCUUCCCGCUGCCGGAGCAGCUGGCCAGAGCUGGAUUUUACUACCUGGGCCCUGGGGACAAGGUGGCCUGCUUCGCCUGCGGCGGGAGACUGAGUAACUGGGAGCCGGACGACGACGCCCUGUCAGAGCACCUGAGACACUUCCCCUUCUGCCCGUUCGCAGAAAGCCGGCUUCAGGACGCCUUGCGGUGCGCCGUGUCCAACCGGAGCAUGCAGACGCACGCGGCCCGCUCCCGAAGCUUCUGCAGCUGGCCCCCCAGCGUGCCUGUUCUCCCCGAGCAGCUGGCCCUGGCUGGCUUCUACUACAUGGGGCACAGUGAUGACGUCAAAUGCUUUUGCUGCGACGGUGGACUGCGCUGCUGGGAAUCAGGAGACGACCCGUGGGUGGAGCACGCCAAGUGGUUUCCAAGGUGUGAGUAUUUGAUACGAAUCAAAGGACACGAGUUCAUCAGUCAGAUUCAAGCCAGUCACCCCUGUCUCCUUGAACAGUUGUUAUCUACUUCAGACAACACAGAAGAUGAAAAUGCUGAGUCACCAAUUGUUCAUUUUGGGCCUGGAGAAAGUUCCUCCGAAGAUGCCGUCAUGAUGAACACACCCGUGGUGAAAGCGGCCUUGGAGAUGGGCUUCAGUAGGAACCUGGUGAAGCAGACCGUUCAGAGCAGGAUCCUGACGAGCGGGGAGAAUUACAAAACAGUCAGUGAAAUUGUAUCAGAUUUACUUAAUGCAGAAGAUGAAAUCAGGGAAGAGGAGAAAGAAAGAGCCCCUGAGGAAAAAGAAUCAGAUGAUGUGUCAUUAAUCCGGAAGAACAGAAUGGCGCUCUUUCAACAUCUGACUUCCGUACUCCCCAUCCUGGAUGGUCUCCGAACUGCCAGAGUGAUUACUGAGCAAGAACACAGUGUUAUUACACAGAAAGCACAAACAUCUCUGCAAGCAAGAUUGCUGAUUGAUGCUGUGUUAGUGAAGGGAAGUUUUGCAGUCACCGUAUUUAAAAACUGUCUCCUAGAAAUGGACCCCGUGUUAUACGAGCGUUUCUUCGUGCAACAGGACCUAAAGUAUGUUCCCACAGAAGAUGUUUCAGGUUUGCCAGUGGAAGAGCAGCUGAGGAGGCUGCAGGAGGAAAGAACCUGCAAAGUGUGCCUGGACCGAGAAGUGUCCAUAGUGUUCAUUCCCUGCGGCCACCUGGUGGUGUGCCAAGACUGCGCCCCUCCCCUCAGAAAAUGCCCCAUUUGCAGGGGCCCAAUCAAGGGCACCGUCCGGACCUUUCUGUCGUGAAGAAGAUCCAAAACUGUUUCAACUUUGUAGCUAACGGAUUAAACGUAUUCUAUUUUUCACUUCUA